AUGCCUCCUCCUUCUCCCGCGGGGGGCCCCCUGGGCUCCCCCAAAAGCCCCCCCGAGGCCCACCCCCUGAGGGGCCCCCUGAUGGGGGGCCCCCCCCGCGGCUCCCCCGCGGUUGCUGCGCAGGAGGCCCCCCUGGGGGGCCCCCUGGGGGCCCCCCUGGGGCCUCCCCUGGGGGGCCCCCUGGGGGGGCCCCUGGGGGGGCCCCUGGGGGCCCCCCUCAGCAGCCCCAGCCACUGGGGGCCCCCGGGGGCCCCCGGGGGGGCCCCCAGGACCCGCUGGCCCUGCCUGGGAGCUGUUCGUGGGGUUGUUGUGAUUUCUUGUUUAUUUUUACUUUUAUUUUUGCAGCUCUUUGGAGCUGUUCAUUUGAGGGGUUAUGGGGGCCUCGAGCUGCUGAUUGCUGCAGUCACGCCAGGGCUCGCGCUGAUGUGCUUGCUGCAGUGGCUGGCGGGGGCCCACCGGCUGCGGUGGCUGAGUGCCUUCGAGCUGCUGCUCUUCGGGGCCUUCUCGAGUGUGUUACUGGCGGUGGGGUUGGAGUUGCUGGCAGCAGUUUUGUUUGGGAAGCAGCUGCGGGGUUGCGGGGGUUCUCCCAGCAGCAGCAGCAGCAGCAGCAGCAGCAGCAGCAGCAGCAGCAGCAGCAGCAGCAGCAGCAGCAGCAGCGGCGGCGGCGGCGGGGUGGGCGGCGCGCCUUUCGCGGCAGCGGGAACGGCGGGGAUCAGCUACCUGCAGCAGCAGCAGCAGCUGCUGCUGCUGCAGCAGCAGCAGCAGCAGCACGGCGUUCACGGCGACCUGCUGCAGCAGCACCUGCUGCAGCAGCAGCAGCAGCAGCAGCAGCAGCAGCAGCAGCAGCAAGGAUUGUUUGCUGUUUUGUCUCUUUUUUCGAACUUAAUUGCUGAAGGACUUCUCGAAAAAAAAGCUGCUGCUGGCUGCGCUGCAGCGGGCCGUGGGGUGUACAGACACCUCAGCUCCCUCAUCUUCAGCAGCAAAGUCCACAGCAGCAAAUUCGCCGAAGACCAAAACCCUAAUCUUUACCUCUGCACGCUCUUCAUCUUCCUCUACAUGAUCUUCUGCAUUGGAUUCUCCGAAGAGUUCGCAAAGGCCACUUCAGUGCUGCUGCUGAGGCCCGGGGGCCCCCUGGGGGCAAGCUGUCUUGUUUGCAGCAUUAUGUUCCCCACCCUUUAUCUAUGGUAUUAUGUCUUCGCCUCCAAGUCCGACAUGGAAAUGGCCCUAGCCACUGCUUGGGUUCGGGCAUUUACGGCGAUUCCUUCCCACGUGGCGAACACUGGGAUUGCGGCUUCUGUGCUGGCAGCAGGAGCAGCAAGUGCAGCAGCAGCAGCAGCAGCAGCAGCAGCUUCGGGCGCGUGGGGCCCUUCGGUGGCAGCAGCAGCAGCAGCAGCAGCAGCAGCAGAGGAAGGGUUUCUGGAGGGCCAGGGUGUACAGACAGUGGGGGAGGCGCGCGUGGUGCACAUUUCAGACGACGGCAUCAGCAGCAGCAGCAGCAGCAGCAGCAGCAGAACAGCAACGCCGCCAGUGGCUGAGGUUUGGCAGCAGCAGCAGCAAACCCUAAACCCUUUUUCCUGCAAGCUGCUGCUGCAGAGCGUGCUGCUGCCGGGGCUGCUGCACGGCUGCUACGACGCUGCUUUGACUCUGGCCUCUGCGGCCUACACCAGCGACGCAGCAGCAGCAGCAGCAGCAGAAGCAGCAGCAGCAGCAGCAGCAGGGGGCCCCUUUGUUGCUUCUGGGUGGCUAAUGCUUGCUUUAGUUUCUUGGUGGGCCUCCAUUAUUACUUUUUGCUGCCGCUGGCGCAGCACAAAGAAUUUGCUGCCGUUUUAUGCCUACUUCAUGGGGCCCUCUUACUACUUUGCUGCAGACCCGCAGCAGCAGCAGCAGCAGCAGCAGCAGCAGCAGCACGGCAGGUCGGGCGCGGUUGUCUUCCCUGCGGUGCAGAGUGAACAGAUGCAGCAGCAGCAGCUGCUGCAGCAGCAGCUGCUGCAGCAGCAGUUCGCACCCAUCCCUGCGGACGCGGCGGCCUGGCAGCAAGUGCAGCUGCCAGUGCAGCAGCAGCGGUGGCAGCAGCUGCAGCAGCAGCAGGAGCUGCUGCAGCAGCAGCAGGAGCUGCUGCAGCAGCAGCAGCUGCUGUGCCCCCCAAUGUACCGCCAGUACGCGCCCAUGCAAACCCCACAGCAGCAGCAGCAGCAGCAGCAGCAGCAGCAGGAAAACAGCAGCAGCUAG